AUGGCGAAGAAGGCAGUGUUGAUUGGGAUCAAUUACCCAGGAACAAAGGCGGAAUUGAGAGGAUGUGUCAACGACGUUCGUCGGAUGUACAAAUGUCUCGUCGAACGGUACGGAUUCGCUGAGGAGGACAUCACCGUGCUCAUCGACACCGACGAAUCAUCCACGCAGCCCACCGGGAAGAACAUCCGCAAGGCGCUCUCGGAUCUCAUCAGAUCGGCGGAUUCCGGCGACUUUCUCGUCGUCCAUUACAGUGGUCACGGUACCAGGUUACCGGCCGAGACUGGUGAAGACGAUGACACUGGCUACGACGAGUGUAUUGUUCCUUGCGACAUGAAUCUGAUUACCGAUGAUGAUUUCAGGGAUCUUGUGGACAGAGUUCCACAAGGUUGCAGAAUGACGAUCAUUUCAGAUUCAUGUCACAGUGGUGGCUUAAUCGAUGAAGCCAAGGAGCAGAUCGGAGAGAGCACCAAGAAAGAGGACGAGGACGAAGAGGAAGAGUCUUCGUCGAGGUUCGGUUUCAGGAAGUUCUUGAAGAACAAGGUGGAAAGCGCGAUCAGAGGGAGCAAGAAGGAAGACAACGAAGCGGAAGAGAUAGAGACUAAAGAGAUCGAGCUAGACGAUGGAGAGAGGAUCCUUGCCAAAGACAAGUCUCUGCCUCUAUCGACGUUAAUCGAUAUCCUCAAGCAGCAAACAGGGAACGAUGAUAUCGAAGUGGGGAAAAUCAGGCCGAGUCUUUUCGACGCGUUUGGUGAUGACUCGAGCCCGAAAGUGAAGAAGUUCAUGAAAGUGAUUUUGGGAAAGCUUCAGGCAGGGAACGGAGGAGAAGGAGGUGGGUUAAUGGGAAUGCUUGGGAAGUUAGCUUCAGGGUUUCUUGAAGGGAAGCUUAACGAUGAAGACUAUACGAAACCUGCGAUGCAGACAGAAGUUGGGAGGAAAGAAGAGGUUUAUGCCGGAGGAUCAAGAGGUUCGGUUCCGCUUCCAGACAGUGGGAUAUUGAUCAGUGGUUGUCAGACUGAUCAGACCUCUGCGGAUGCGACUCCGCCGGGGAAACCAAGUGAAGCGUAUGGAGCGAUGAGUAAUGCGAUACAGAAGAUAUUGGAGGAGACGGAAGGUGAGAUAUCGAACAGGGAGAUGGUUACAAGGGCGAGGAAGGCGUUGAAGAAGCAAGGGUUUACUCAGCAGCCAGGUUUGUAUUGCCAUGAUGGUUUUACAGAUGCUCCUUUUAUCUGUUAA